CCUUUGUUAUUUUUUUGGCGCGUGGUUAUGCUUUUAGUGGCAACUGUACGCAGUAGAUCCUCCAACUACACGUCCCGGAGGAUGAAGGCCGACAUUCAUUCACAGUUAUACACAACCCUUUGUGUCAUCACUUCUUUUUCACCUGUUCCAUCCACCUUCUGGUCAUCAUUCCUGGCAAUCUUCAGUGUUACCAUUCGCUAGCUAUAGGCCCUGAGUAUCCCGCAGGGGCUGCCCAGCAGGUUCUCCCUACAUGGCGGGCCUCUCGAAAGCCGCCGGUGCCCGCCAUGUCACCCUCAGUCUCCUCCCUCCUGAAAUGCACCUUGAGAUUGCCUCAUGGCUAAGCACGCCCGACUUAAGCUCUCUUUCGCGAACAGCAUCCUUUUUUCACGAUAUACUCACACCAACGCUCUAUCGUAGAGCUCUUGCAUAUAAGGUGCCAAAGACGGGUUCGUCCGUUUUGUACUGGGCUACCUGUUUUCGGCGAGCGUCUGUAAUCAGAAUCCUGUUGGAGAUUGGGUCGGAUACCUUCGAAGAAUACGAUGUUAAAGAAGCUCUAGAAAGUGCCGCCGAGUGGGGUUAUCUGGAUGUUGUUGAAAAUUUUCUGACCAGACCCUCCACAUUGUCGGCUUCUGAAAAUGGACACUUUGCUUUUUAUUUGGCCCUUACUGGCGGCCACAUGCCAGUGGCCCGGUACUUGUGCAAUGCCGGAGCCGACCUUAGAAAACUCUACUGUGAGGAACUGUACGUUCUUCACGAAGUCGCGAGAAAUGCCGAUAUGGAAGCCCUUCGCUUUGUACUCGAUAUUGGAGUGGAAAUUGGGGAAGUCAAUAAUCUCAACCAGACUGCACUGCAUAUUGCCGCCGGAAUAGGUCAUUAUCAAAUGGUUCAAUUUCUGCUUGAAAAAGGGGCAGAUGUAUCUGCAAUAGACUCAUUUGGUUUCACGACGCUAUUCCAUGCCGCAUCCGUUGACCGCAGAUUCAAAGCACCCCAACCCGACUCUCUUACGGAACGCGCAGCAAUUAUCAAGCUACUUGUUGCCUGUGGGGUCAAUAUGUCUGCUUCCGACGCUAAUGACCUGACCGUGCUGCAUUAUGUCUGUGAAUUUGGUUGGACCGACAUGACACAAAUAUUAAUCAAAGCUGGAGCUGAUGUCAGCCUUCGAUCGGGCGCAUCCAGAGUAACGCCACUCCAUUGUGCGGUCGAAGGCAACCAAGUUGAUAUCGUCACAGAGCUCUUGUCUGCUCAUGCCAAUCCAAAUGUGGCCAAUGAUCUGGGUCGCAUUCCCUUGCAUUUGGCAGUCAACGGGGACAAUAUUGCGAUAGCCGAUUUACUUCUAAGUGUUUCAGACACUACGUAUAUGGAUAAACACGGCUGGUCGACCCUCCACCAUGCUGCGGUAUCCGGAAAUGUCAGGGUUAUCGAUGCCUUGUUAAAGAAAGGGGACGUGAUAUCACUGCCUAACGGGUCUGAUGAUGAGUUUACCUUGCAUAAAUUGGUUAGAUCCCGUCGUGUGGAUCUAGUCGAGGCUUUUCUGGAGGCCGGAGCGGAUAUGACAUUGGAGGAAGUCCAGAACUUGACAGCUUUCGAUGUUGCCAUCGAAACAGGUCAAGCCUCGGUGGUCGACUUAUUUCUCUACUAUGGUUAUGACCCGAGCGAUAUUGAUGGCUUUUCCCUACCGCUCCAUCGUGCGGUUUCAAAGGGCGACGAGGCUAUUGUAUCCUUGCUUAUUGAUUCAGGGGCAGAUGUCCACAGCGUCAACACGAGAGGAAUGUCAGCUCUGCACCUCGCAUGUAUUGACGGGUAUGAAGACAUCGUGGACACGUUGAUGGAGUGGGAUGCUGAUCCUGAUCUUGAGGAUGAAGACGGAUGGUCCCCGCUCAUGCAUGCUCUACAUAACGGCUAUAUAAACAUUGCGGAGCUUAUGAUAGGUGAACUAGACGAUUCGAUAUUGAUCUCGCUAAUGCAACAGGCGAUUGAAUUGGAUAGCGGGGAUAGGAUCCUUCAAAGCUUGAUUGACCUUAAUCCGGUCAUAGUCUCGAACCGGGAUAGUGAUGGCGCAACCCUCCUCCAUUUGGCGGCAGCCUGGGAUAACGCACCCGCUAUUCGUGCUCUUGUCGAUGAGGGCGCAGACAUUCUCGCUGUGGAUAAUAAGACGAGGACGCCUUUACACAUAGCCGCACUAAGUGCUAGGCCUUCGGCAGUCCAAGCUCUAUUAGAGGCCGGGCACGACCCAGAUAUUAGAGAUGGCAAGGGGAAAGCGCCUUUGCACCAUGCAGCAGCUGCAAAGUGCCUGCAGUCCGCUAUGCUCCUUAUCAACCACGGUGCGAAUCCUGUCGCACUUGACACUACUGGACUCACACCGCUUCACCGUAUUGUUUUAGCCCUGAUUUUACACCCCCCAGCAAGUAGUUUCGAAGAUGAUGAUAUCCCUGACUUUGUUUGCCGUUUAAUGGAUGGCUUUCACAUAGUCAAGACCCUUAUUCAGCAUGGUGCCGAUCCCCUUGACGUCGGUAACGUCGAAUACUCUGCUGUGCAGGCUGCUGAAGUAGGAAGCAAUAUGGUUCUUGUCGACUUUAUCAUUCAGGCAUAUGAAAAUGCACAAUAUUUUCAAAUGAUUGGAGACGGCGUACCAAAGGAAAUGCUAGUUACAUGGAAAUUGAACGAAGAGGAAGAGGAAGAGGAGGAGGAAGAGGAAGAGGAGGAAGAUGAAUAUUAUGAAGACGACAGUUAA